AUGUCUGUGUUUAAUGUGCUGAAUCCACUAUUUAAAGGUCCCAACAGUUUCAAAGCGAAGUUUAACGAUUUUCUAUUCAAUAGCGUUUCUACAAUACCAAUAAGAACUCUAAUGAAAACUCAUAAAGGUACAGCAAAGAGGUGGAGACGUACCGGCAACACUUUCAAAAGAGGCAUAGCUGGAAGGAAACAUGGUAAUAUAGGCUGGUCCCAUAGAUCCUUGAAAGCUUUAACCGGAAGAAAAUUUGCCCAUCCAGGUUAUUUAAAGCAUCUAAAGCGUUUAUUACCCUAUCAUUGA